UAUCAAAAUAUCUCUUUUUUUCUCUUUUUUUUGACAAUAGAGAAAAAAAUCAUUCCAAUGAAGCUGCAUUCGCUUUUCGUGCUUAACCGCCAUGGCAACCCGCUUUACCACCAUACCUAUGAUCCGAUCACAGACCAGACACCCGACCCCUCGACGAAAUACACCUAUUUGGCACACACUUCCUGCGACCUAAUCGACGAGCGCCUAGCUAACCCCACGCCCAAAGUCUCAUCUGAUCUCUACCUUGGUCUCUUACAAACCACUGAGGGACUGAAUAUCUACGGCUAUGUGUUGAAUACCGGAGCCAGAUUUGUACUUAUAGUCUCUGAAGACCCUACCGCCACUACGUCAUCAUUGGCGGUGGCAGCAGGUGGGGGCACUGUGGGGGGUGUGAAGGGUGAGAUUAUAUUGGUCUUUCAGCAGCUGCAUGCCGCGUAUAUUGCUCUGGUAUGUAAUCCGUUUUACGAGUAUAUGGCGGAAGUAGGUGGGAAUGAGGGGGAGGGAUGUGUGGGGGAAAAAUUUGACGCUGUGGUUGAGGAACUUGGGAAAAUACACUCUUAAACAAAACAAAUAACACAAACAUAAGCACAUUUUUAAACCAUAGUCCUUUAUAUUUGUUCUCUUUAUUAAUAACCAACCAACCAACCAACCAUCCCCCCCCAUAAAAAAUUAUAUUUUCUUUCAAACAUAAAAAAAUAAAACAAGAC